GUAAAGUACGCGGGUUUGUGUGAUCGAAACCGUCGAUUGGAAUUAAAGCUCCAAACACGUCUGUUUUCCUUCCCUUCCCCGUUCGCUGGCUCGGCCGCCUCCGCCGCUGCCUCGCUGCCUCCGCGCCCACCGCAGAGCCCGAGAGCCGAGACGCACGCGCGGGCGCGGCAGCUUCGCGCACCUCGCCCUCCCGCCCCGCGCGAGCUCCUCCUCCGCCUAGGGUUAGGGUUCGCGCUGCGGCCUGCGGGGGGAGGGCCGCGGGCGCCGGGCGCAAUGCGGAGGCCGCCGGGGACCGGCGCGCCGUGCCGCCGCCGCGCGAUCCAGGGGUUCGUGGCGCUCUUCCUCGCCUACGCGCUCUUCGUGCUGCUCCUCGAGUCGCCGCUCGUGUCCACGUCGCUGCCCGGGGCGGGGGCCUCCGCGGCGGCGUCGCGGAAGCUCCACCUCGACGGCGCGUGGGAGGGCGGGCGCGCCGCGCCGGCGCGGCCCUCGAAGCACCCCCACCGGGAGACCCUCUCGGCGGACGCGGGGCGCGGGCGGGCGCGCAGGUUGUCGGGGUUCGUCUCCGGCCUCGAGCUCCGCCACCUCAACUCCACCCGCUCCGGCUCGCUGCGCAAGGUCGCCGCCGAGGCGGCGGAGUCAGGGGCCCGCGUGUUCGCCGACCUGCAGACUCUCGCGACGAACCUGACGUCCUCGCAGGAUUCGUCAGACAAGGAGGAGAGGAGCAAGUGCCCGCACUCGAUCGUCCUCAGCGGCGACCAGUUCCGGGAAAGGGGGCGGACGGUGGAGCUGCCGUGCGGGCUGACGCUGGGUUCGUAUAUCACGGUGGCCGCGACGCCGCACGAGGCGCACCCUGAGCGAGAUCCUAAGAUCACGCUGCUCAAGGAGGGGGAAGAGCCGAUCAUGGUGUCGCAGUUCAUGAUGGAGCUGCAGGGGCUCAAGACGGUGGACGGCGAGGAUCCUCCCAGAAUUCUCCACUUCAACCCCCGCCUCCGCGGCGACUGGAGUGGCAAGCCGGUGAUCGAGCAGAACACCUGCUACCGCAUGCAGUGGGGCUCUCCCCUUCGCUGCGAGGGCUGGAGGUCCCGUGCCGACGAGGAGACUGUUGAUGGGUUGGUGAAGUGUGAGAAGUGGAUUCGGGAUGACGAAGGCCGGUCGGAGGAGUCAAAAACGUCAUGGUGGCUGAACCGGCUCAUUGGGCGCACAAAGACGGUCUCCAUUGAUUGGCCAUACCCAUUCGUGGAGGACCACCUGUUUGUUCUUACGCUCACCGCUGGAUUGGAAGGUUACCAUGUGAAUGUUGAUGGACGUCAUGUGACAUCAUUUCCAUACCGCACUGGGUUUGUGCUUGAGGAUGCUACUGGCUUAUCAUUGAAUGGGGACCUUGAUGUGCAAUCAGUGUUUGCGGGGACUUUGCCCACUACACAUCCUAGCUUUUCUCCACAGAAGCACCUAGAGAUGUUACCCAGUUGGCAGGCCCCUCCCCUCCCAGAUGAACCAGUUGAGAUUUUCAUUGGUAUCCUGUCAGCGGGCAACCAUUUUGCUGAGCGUAUGGCUGUGAGAAAGACAUGGAUGUCUGCUGCCCAGAAGUCAUCGAAUGUUGUGGCCCGGUUUUUUGUUGCCCUGCAUGGAAGAAAUGAAAUUAAUGUGGAGCUGAAAAAGGAGGCUGAGUUUUUUGGGGACAUUGUUAUUGUGCCAUUCAUGGAUAGCUAUGAUUUGGUGGUUCUAAAGACGAUUGCCAUAUGCGAGUAUGGGGUCCAUGUUGUAUCCGCUAGAUACAUAAUGAAGUGUGAUGAUGAUACUUUUGUUAGACUUGAAUCAGUAAUGGCUGAAGUGAAGAAAAUCCGGGAUGGUGAAAGUCUCUAUAUAGGGAACAUGAAUUAUCACCACAAGCCAUUGCGUGAUGGGAAAUGGGCUGUUACUUACGAGGAAUGGCCAGAAGAGGAUUAUCCAAUUUAUGCAAAUGGUCCUGGAUAUGUUAUAUCUUCUGAUAUUGCAGAUGCCAUUCUGUCAGAAUUUUUAAACCAUAAAUUAAGGCUUUUCAAAAUGGAGGAUGUGAGCAUGGGCAUGUGGGUUGAGCGGUUCAACAGCACCAGACCUGUUAAAUAUGUCCACAGCGUCAAAUUUUGUCAAUUCGGAUGCAUAGAUGAUUAUUACACUGCACACUACCAAUCACCGAGGCAGAUGUUAUGUUUGUGGGACAAGCUGCAGGCUGGUAAAGCACAAUGUUGCAAUAUGAGAUAGCAAUAGUGGAUGUGUUGGUACUUGAGCAUUUCUGUGCUAGUAGCACCCAUCUAUAUUCGUGGAGAAGUUGAUAUCCUGGAAGACCCCAAGAUUCAAGAAUAUUAGCUGACGGUAAAUUAAUCCCUCCAGAUGACUAACAAAUGGCCAUUUAAUGGUCCUUUUGGUAUAGCUGACCAGGCUGUGUUUCAGCUGGAAACAAGGGAAUGGACACAAACAGCCUGUAACGCCUUUAGCCUCUGGUGCUCGUUUUAAUCUCAACAUAUAGACGAAGUUCUGUGGGCGGUGCGAGCGCUGCUAUUGGACUUCAUUUGUAAAUGUGAAGGGUAGAAAAUCUUAGUCAAGUUACUGGCUUACUGCUGCUUUUGGUACGAUUGGCUGUGGUUGCAACCAGAAACAACCCAGCUGGUACAGAUGAGCGAUCUUGGUAGUGUACAAGAAUUUUGCUGUGCAUUCUCUUUAACAUGGUCCUAAGUUAUGACUUGAUUUA